UCGCUCUCGCGGUACUUUGAUGUCAUCCGCCUGUCGGAUCUUGCGGCGCCGUAUCAAGUCGAACAAGCCUCAAAACUAUGUUCUUUUUGGACAGGGGCAUGUUCAAGCUCAAAUCGGUGCGCAGCGUUUUCUCUUGUUUGGUGGGUGUGUCAAGAAUGUCGGCCCAAUCAGCAGCAACAUGUAAAUAAUCCACGCGGUAUUAAAGAGACAGCUCGAUCGCACAAUGGGUCCAAGUAAAGUCGUUUAAAUGUGUCCGCUGCAGCUCGGUACACGCAACAAUUGAAGAUAUUAGAAGAGAUGUAUUUUGCACUAUUCAACACGUAUUUAUACCGAUUUAAUCAGGCUCCGAAAAAUCUUCAAAAAUAACUCAAAGAAUGGCCUUCUCAGCAGCAAUAGUUAAACUCUUGCGUCAUCACAACAGGGUGUUCAACCGCACCACCGUUUCCGUUUAAAAAACGUUUUGCAACGUUCUGUCGGGGCUGAACGCAGCCCAGGUAAACUUUUGUAAUGUUACGUCAUUUAGUUAUUUUUAAAAGAUAAGCACAACACAAUACCCAAAUCACCAAAAUGAUUUUAUCAUACAUUUCUAAUGCACAAAUUACCUUAUUAUAAAGACAUAUAUUUCUCAAAUAUUUAGUAGUAGAAAAUACAGUUUCUGUAAAAAUCAUUACAAUAGUAUUUCAGAAAACAUAAGUGAAAACUUUUUGCAUUUCAUAGCCUACUAAACAAAGUAAAAUCGUAUAUAACUGUCCAAAGUUGUUAAAGGGAUACUUCACCCAAAAAUGAUCAUUUACACACCUUCGAGUUGUUCCAAAUCUGUAUAUAUUUCUUUGUUCUGAUGAACACAGACAAAGAUAUUUGGAAGAAAUACAAUGGUAGUCAAAAGUGCCCCAGAACUGUUUGCUGUCCUACGUUCUUCAAAAUGUCUUCUUUUGUGUUCAACAGAACAAAACAAGUAUAAAGUAAUUUUUCCUACUAUCGGAGUCAACAUCUGUCUAAGCAUUCUUCCAAAUAUCUUUCUCUGUGUUCAUCAGAACAAAUAAAAUUAUACAGAUUUCAUAACUCGAAGGUGAAUAAAUGAUGACAGAAUUUUCAUUUUUGGGUGAAGUAUCCAUUUAAAUCUAUCUGUAAGUCAUUAAAAACAUUCUGCACGAGGAGUUGUUGUUUUUUCGCUAACAGGAUUUUUAACAGUUAAACAAGCUAUCUGUGCUUUUGUCAAUGUCAAUUACAUUUGCAAUUCGCAUGAGGAUCAAUGCUUCUUUGACACGUCAGAACUCGGAACGACAAAUCUGCAAAAGUUCCUUACGGAUGAAAUAAAGUGUAACACUGUCUCACGAGUUUCAUUACAGUACACUCUCUAGUAUUUUUAUUUUCUCAUGUCGUUAUAAUUAAAGGACGACAUAUUCUAACACAGAGGGGAAAUGAAUGAAGAAAGAACUUUGUCUGAAUAUGCAAGUAUUACUCCAUCUAGAAAUGAAUGUGUAUACACCAGCUGUUACUGUGAGGAGAAUGUGUGGAAAUUGUGCGAAUAUAUAAGAGAUAAGGGGACUUGCUCUUUGGAUGAAGUGUAUGCUGUCUUUAUAUCUAAUGAAAGAAAAAUGAUACCCAUUUGGAAACAAAAAUCCAGUCGAGGAGAUCAACCAGUAAUAUGGGAUUACCACGUUAUUUUGCUACACAGAAGUAAACAAGGACAAAGCUUUAUCUAUGAUCUAGACACAAUUCUUCCCUUUCCUUGUUUAUUUGAUGUAUAUUCAAGGGAGGCCUUCAGAUCUGAUGAGCAUUUAAGGCCUGAUUUCUGGAGGAAGCUUCGUGUAAUACCAGCAAACAUCUACCUACAGAAGUUUGCUUCUGAUCGGUCACAUAUGAAGCAUUCUGAUAGCAGCUGGCGUAUGCCACCUCCUGCAUAUCUUUGUAUUGAGACAUCAGACUGUAAAAUGAAUCUUGAAGACUUUAUAUGCAUGGAUGUAAGAGUGGGCUAUGGAGACGUUUAUGAACUUUCAGCAUUUGUUCCACACUUUGGAGUAAAAUAAUAUGGUU